AUGGGGUUGGGAGAUGGCAACGAUGAUGUGAACCAGAUUAUGAAAAUCAGAGCGUACAGCCAUCGACUGGAGGCGCUGGAAAAGGCUCUUUACUGCUGGGAGGAUGCGCUCACCGCGUUCAGCUCUUCUCUCAGUAAUGACACGCUCGCAUUACCGUCCAAGGCGGAUGCGGCGUUUACGCACGAUGUCCAGGACCUUCUUGACAUGGGUUAUCAAAUCCAGAGCCAGGCGGAACUCCUCUUUAUCGACCAGCACUCGGUACUGUUUCGCCACGACAGCCAGGAGAGCGUUGAAAGCCACAAGCCAUCGAACAUCAGUACCCGGAUAUCCGGAAAAGACAAAGCGGACGCUGCGUCAUCGCCUGAGUCGUUCGAGUCUGCGCGCGACGGCGUGGCAGAUUUACGGGAAUUCGAGGAAUUUUCCGAGUUUUUCCCGCACUUCGAGAAACAAAAACUUUACCACACUGCCCUCAAACAACACGAGGAUAAAGGUAUUCCUUGCAGGCGACUGCACACGGAACUGGUUAAGUGCGGUUCAGACGUUGAAUAUUUAGCAAAAGUUUAUUGUUUGCGACAAGCGUAUACUAAAUUGUUCACUAUACCAACCGCCAAAGUGUGGAUCGAAGAUAUAGGCCGACAAGUCAUUAGUGAUUUGAUCAUGUAUGCAGACAGGGAUCCUAAGGAUUACUUGACGCAUUACGAACGGAUGAUGGAGUUCUUGCAAGAGCCACGGAGUCAAAGUCUUAUGGAGGAAGAGUUAACGGCGAAAGGCGUGAAAUGUAUUAACUUCUACGAUAUUCUUAUCGACUUUAUUCUGUUGGAUGCGUUCGAGGAAAUCGAGAAACCGCCGUCGUCGAUUAAAUCUCUCACGCAGAACCGAUGGAUAUCGGCUAGUUUCUGUGAAACCGCAAUCGGCACUGCGGUUUGGUCGAUCCUUGUUAGCAAAAGAAAAAUGUUGAAGUACGACAAAGGGUUCCUGGCACAUUUCUAUUCGAUCUCCGAACAAGUCUCUCCAGUACUUGCUUGGGGCUUCUUAGGCUCGGAAGGAAACCUACGUUCCACCUGUCACUAUUUCAGGGAUCAAGUCGUUGAAUUCCUCGUAGAUGUAUUUAAUUUCUUUAAAGUAAGGUACACCGACGUCGAUCAUCUAGCCGAAGAUGUACUCAGGGAAAUGAAGAUAAGGGUCGAGAAUAUAAAUCAAAGGCUUUCGCUAGAAGGCUGCUAAUCAAGCGUAAGCAAACAAGUUAUUCAGAAGAAAUAUUUAAUAUAUACAAAACAAUCCGUAGACUUGAAUAAACACGGCGAUAGAACAAAAGGUGCGACACUUUAUUAAAUGAUUAUAAUUGUUACAAUUGAACUACUUGUUGUUUUUGCAAUUGCUGCGAAGCAUAUAGAACAGCACGUGCGUUGAUGUUCCUUUUAACGAAUAUAUUUGCUGUGGCCACGUUCAACAUUUAUAUUUAAAACUUAAUGCAAAUACAUUAUCAGAUAUAUUUUGUUACUAUACCCACCGGCAGACCCCUUUUUAUUUAAAUCAUGUUGUAAAUAGAUCUAUUAUUUUGAUAACAGUAUUGUUUUCUAAAUAUAGAGCAACUAUUUAAUUUAUGAAGCGAAGA